CACAACGAGAAGCUUGGAUACGAUUUGUAAAUAAAAUAAAUUGGGAACCUUCAAAAUCUAGCAGAAUUUGUUCUCAACACUUUAGUGAUAAUUGUUUUCUUAAAUCUGGAAUAAAAACUAUAUUAAGGCCAACAGCAAUUCCAUCUAUACAUGUCGAGAGAUUAAAAUAUGUAAGAAAUUUUAAUCCUGUUAUGCAAAACGUUACCAAUUCUACUAUGUGCAAAUUUCCAGAAGUACGUGACUCAACAACAAAGAUUACUGAAAUAUCUAAUAUAGAUAAACAUAUAUUAAUGGAAAAGAACCAACAAGAAAUAAAAACAACACCAUUAGAAUCAACAUCUUCAAACAUUAUUGGCAGUAUUUUAAAUCCAUCAACAUACGAUACACCAACAAAAAGAAAUUUGAAGACUCAACUUUUAAAAGAGCGUAGUAUAAGAAAACUUCAAGCAAAACGCAUAAAAAUUUUGAUGCAACAGAACAGACGAUGCAAAAAAAGAUUGAAGGAUUUAGUAACUAUAGUCUUAUAUGUAUACAAUAUCAUUCCUCCAGGGAAUCUGAAAUCCAAUAUUCUACUUAAGGAACUCAUCAAUAUAUUUAUUAUAAAGACUUUCUGUUUAUUAGCAUAUUUUUAACAAAUGAAUUUUUAUUU